AUGCAUUUCCUCCCUUCGCUCCUCGUACUGGCCGUCUCCGCCGCUGCCCUACCCCAGGCAGUCCAGGACCGCAACGAACCCCCCAUCCCCACCCACUGCCACCCCGACCCCUGCGCCGGCAUAACCUUCCAAAACGCCUCCUUCAUCUGCGGUGACUCGCGUCUCGGACCCAUCCACCCUCCCAAGAAAUUCCCCCUCCGCAACGAGCUCCGCACCUACGCCCCCCUCGGCGACCUCUGCCCGGCCGAGUUCCUCAAAAAAUGGGCCACCUCCGUGGACCCAGCAGGAACCUACAUCUACCCCCCCUCCAACGGCUACGUCGUCGCCGACAGCGACAACAAACCCAUCCUCGGCAACGUAACCCUCCCCGUGGGGCAGAAACUCGACCGAUUCGGGUCCGAGUUCGGGUCCUUCCUGGCGCCGCUGGGCGCGCCUUAUAUCGAGCGCUCGCUGCCGCCGAGUAACCUUGUGUCGCGCGACGGCGAUUACCCGUUUAAUUACCAUGUUUAUCAGGUGACGAAGGGGUUUGUGGUGGGGUUGGGGCCCAUUGCGCCUUGGUUUGAGCAGCCGGGCAUGGGGACGCAGUUUUUGGCGUAUAGUAAUGUGAAGACGCUUGUUGAGGGGGGUUUUCUGAGGAGGUUGACGCCGGAGGAGUUUGAUGAGAGGGUGGAGUUUUCGAAUGGGUAUACUCCGGGGCCUGUUGGUGGUAGCUAGGUGGGUUGUGUGUUGAGUGUCGUUAUGGGAGGGUUUGCGGUGCGGUGUAGUGGAUUUCUAGAAGAGAUGGAUGCUAGUAUAUAGAUACUA